AUGACGCAAGAAGGAAACGAGAUAUCAAUCCCAGUUGCUGUGCACUGGGAUUCAUUCAAUACAAGCAACAAUUUGCUGUUGCAACUUAAACAAGAACUUAUAGCUGAACGACAAAAAAGUAUGAUUCUCGCUACAGCAUUACUGCAAGAGAAACACAAAAGUUUCAGCCUCCAGAAUUAUCUAGCAUCGAUAGCCAGCGACUGCAAGAAAAAUAUGCCAAGGGUAAGCAGCUCUGAAUCGCUCGCAAGCACCGCGGUAGAUGAAGAUGAAGAAAAGCCGCUCAUAGGAAUUUAUUCACCAGCUGUUAGGAAAGAAAAAAUUCAAAGAUACAAGGAUAAAAUUAAAAGGUAUCGGCAAAAAGUGCAUGUAUCCAGAAGUUUCUCGGGGAGAAGUUCAGUAGCUAAGCAAAAACUACGCAUUAAAGGAAAAUUCGUGAAAAGCAGCGAGUAA